AUGUAUACAUUGCAUAAUUUUUUCCGCUCUCUUAUUCAUUAUCGAUCCUGGGCUCCGAAACGGCAAGAUCACCAAUUUUUCUUCUUAGCGCAUCCCUCACCCAUUCAUAGCUUUUACUUUUCAUUACUAUACUCAAUCUUAUCCUCAGUAAGGACCGGAGCUGGCCACCUAUCUAACUAUCUAUCUAUCUAUCUAUCUAUCUAUGACGAUAAACUACAUCCGGCAGCCUGGCCUCUGACCGCAUCUAUCUAUCUAUCUAUCUAUCUAUCUAUCUAUCUAUCUAUCUAUCUAUCAUAUAGAAAGAAAAUGAUUCAUAUCUAUCUAUCUAUCUAUCUAUCUAUCUAUCUAUCUAUCUAUCUAUCUAUCUCAACUGGUCGAUUAUCUAUCUAUUUGAAACUGUUCAUUUCUAUCUAUCUAUCUAUCUAUCUAUCUAUCUAUCUAUCUAUCUAUCUAUCUAUCUCAACUGGUCGAUUAUCUAUCUAUUUGAAACUGUUCAUUUCUAUCUAUCUAUCUAUCUAUCUAUCUAUCUAUCUAUCUAUCUAUCUCAACUGGUCCAUUAUCUAUGUAUUUGAAACUAUUCAUAUCUAUCUAUCUAUCUAUCUAUCUAUCUAUCUAUCUAUCUAUCUAUCUCAACUGGUCGAUUAUCUAUCUCUUUGA